AUGGCGAACAUUACGGACUACUUCGAGUUGCGCGGGGGCAGCGGUGGCGGCGGCAGGCGUCCACCGCCCCCGCCUCCCGGACCCCGGGACAUCCUCCGGGCCGUCGCCCAGGAGACCAUCGCCAUCAUGCCAGCCCUGCUCAGCCAGCAGCCAGCCACCUUCGACGCCUUCGCCACGUUCAAGCACAGCUUCGAGGGCCUGCACCGCCUGGACCCCAACGACUGCCCCCGCCACCCGACACCCGCCACCAUCAAGGUCGUCAACUCGGACACCCUCAACGCCGCGCUAGCCAUCGCCACCGAGCCCUCCUCGGCCCCGCUGAGCGACCGCCCCGUCGUCAUCAACUUCGCCAACCACGCGGACCCGGGCGGCGGCUGGCUGAACGGCGCCUGGGCCCAGGAGGAGGCCCUCUGCUUCCGCAGCUCCCUGUUCGCCAGCCUGCCCCACAGCCAGUACCCGCUCGCCAUGGACGAGGGCCUGUACAGCCCGGACGUGCUCGUCGUCCGCGCCGACAGGACAAGCGGCCACGGUCUCCUGCCGGGGGCCGUCAAGGGGGCCCCCGCGGCCGCCACGGCGGCCCUCCCGGCCGUCAGCGUGCUCACCAUCGCGGCCCUCUACAGGCCGCCGGUGCGGACGUUCCUGGUCCCCGAUCCCGCGGCCGGCGCCGCCCUCCGGAAGCGUAAGAAGCUCGUGUACGGCCGCGAGAAGGACCGCGGCAUCACAAAGGCCAAGAUGCGCCUGUCGCUGCGCAUGGCCGCCGCCAACGGCCAGGGCCUCCUCGUGCUCGGCGCCCUCGGGUGCGGCGUCUUCGGCAACCCGGCCGAGGACGUCGCCCACUGCUGGCUCGAGGUGCUGUCCGAGGACGAGUUCGCGGGGAACUGGUGGCGCGAGGUCUGCUUUGCUGUCUAUGAUCCCAACCUGACUGGCAACUAUGAGAUUUUCCGCAGCGUGCUGGAUGGGAAGCAGGUUUAGGAGGGAGGGGAAGGAGGGGCGCUGGUGAUGAAAUGGCUGCGAGGUUUUCUUUCUUUCUUGCUUGCUUGCACGUGCGUUCGGGAGAGAGGCGGAAGGGCGAGAUAGGUGCCUUGGAAGGAAGAUACCCCUGACCUAGCAAGCCUAGUUAGGUCCGAUCAAUGGGAAUGCAUUUUUAACUGAUGUGCCUCUUGUUUCCACGUGGAACCGCCCUGGAUACUGUAUAGCCAGGAUCUACAAUUGUCACGACGAUCAGCUUAACCAUCAGAAUUAUUGAUUCCAUGUCCCUCCG